GCGCUUCCCCCUCCCUUCUCCCCCUCCCUCGAGUGUCCAGGUUCCUCCGCUAGCCCAGGCCGAGUCAGUGUCAGUCAGGGAGCCGGACUGCCGAACGGUGUGUGCGGACGCUCCGCUGCAAUCUAGCCCAGGGGCCGGUGCCUGCGCUCGCGCCGCCGGGUGGGAAGGAUGAAGCCGCAGCUGGAGCAGCCACCCUAUGAUUGGCUGUGGCGCUUGUGAACCCGAAGUAAAGAUGGCGGGCGGGCAGGCAGCCGCCGCACUGCCCACUUGGAAGAUGGCGGCGCGCCGCAGCCUCAGCGCCCGCGGCCGGGGGGUCCUGCAGGCGGCGGCCGGGCGGCUGCUGCCGCUGCUACUGCUGAGCUGCUGCUGCGGCGCGGGCGGCUGCGCAGCAGCGGGCGAGAACGAGGAGACGGUGAUCAUCGGCUUGCGGCUGGAGGACACGAACGACGUGUCGUUCAUGGAAGGGGGGGCGCUGCGAGUGAGCGAGCGGACCCGGGUGAAGCUGCGGGUGUACGGGCAGAACAUCAACAACGAGACGUGGUCCCGCAUCGCCUUCACCGAGCACGAGCGGCGGCGCCACAGCCCGGGCGAGCGCGGGCUGGGGGGUCCCGCGCCGCCAGAGCCGGACAGCGGCCCCCAGCGCUGCGGCAUCCGCACCUCAGAUAUCAUCAUCUUGCCCCACAUCAUUCUCAACCGCCGUACAUCGGGCAUCAUUGAGAUCGAGAUCAAACCGCUGCGCAAGAUGGAGAAGAGCAAGUCCUAUUACCUGUGCACAUCGCUCUCCACGCCAGCCCUGGGCGCCGGCGGCCCGGGGUCCGCAAGUGGCGCGGUCGGGGCCAAGGGCGGCUCCGGGGUGGCCGGGCUCCCGCCGCCCCCGUGGGCCGAGACCACCUGGAUUUAUCACGACGGCGAGGACACCAAGAUGAUAGUGGGCGAGGAGAAGAAGUUUCUGCUGCCCUUCUGGCUGCAGGUGAUCUUCAUUUCGCUGCUCCUGUGCUUGUCGGGCAUGUUCAGCGGCCUCAACCUGGGGCUGAUGGCCCUGGACCCGAUGGAGCUGCGCAUCGUGCAGAACUGCGGCACAGAGAAGGAGAAGAAUUACGCCAAGCGCAUCGAGCCCGUGCGCAGGCAGGGCAACUACCUGCUGUGCUCACUGCUGCUGGGCAACGUGCUGGUCAACACCACGCUCACGAUCCUGCUCGACGACAUCGCCGGCUCUGGCCUCGUGGCGGUGGUGGUCUCCACCAUCGGCAUCGUCAUCUUCGGGGAAAUCGUGCCCCAGGCCAUCUGCUCCCGGCACGGCCUGGCUGUAGGGGCCAACACCAUCUUCCUCACCAAGUUUUUCAUGAUGAUGACCUUCCCCGCUUCUUACCCGGUUAGCAAGCUGCUGGACUGCGUCCUGGGCCAGGAGAUAGGUACUGUCUAUAACCGGGAAAAACUGCUGGAGAUGCUCCGGGUCACCGACCCCUACAACGACCUCGUUAAGGAGGAGCUGAACAUCAUCCAAGGGGCGCUGGAGCUCCGCACCAAGACAGUGGAGGACGUGAUGACUCCGCUCCGGGACUGCUUCAUGAUCACCGGCGAAGCCAUUCUGGACUUCAACACCAUGUCGGAGAUCAUGGAGAGCGGCUACACUCGUAUUCCAGUGUUUGAGGGGGAGCGCUCCAACAUCGUGGACCUCCUCUUUGUCAAAGACUUGGCCUUCGUGGAUCCAGAUGACUGUACUCCCCUGAAAACCAUCACUAAAUUUUAUAACCACCCCUUGCACUUUGUUUUCAAUGACACCAAGUUGGACGCUAUGCUGGAAGAAUUUAAGAAAGGUAAAUCUCACCUGGCUAUUGUGCAGCGAGUAAACAAUGAGGGAGAAGGGGACCCAUUUUAUGAAGUUCUGGGAAUUGUCACAUUAGAAGAUGUGAUUGAAGAAAUCAUCAAAUCUGAGAUUCUAGAUGAAACAGAUUUAUACACUGAUAACAGAACGAAAAAGAAAGUGGCCCAUCGUGAAAGAAAGCAAGAUUUUUCCGCCUUCAAGCAGACAGACAGCGAGAUGAAGGUUAAAAUAUCACCACAGCUUCUCUUGGCCAUGCACCGUUUCCUAGCAACAGAAGUAGAAGCAUUUAGCCCAUCCCAGAUGUCAGAGAAGAUCCUUCUAAGGCUGCUAAAGCACCCCAAUGUCAUCCAGGAACUGAAGUAUGAUGAGAAGAACAAGAAAGCCCCAGAAUACUACCUCUACCAGCGAAACAAACCUGUAGACUACUUCGUUCUCAUUUUGCAGGGGAAGGUGGAAGUAGAAGCUGGGAAAGAAGGUAUGAAAUUCGAAGCCAGUGCUUUCUCCUACUAUGGUGUGAUGGCCCUCACAGCCUCUCCAGUUCCUUUGUCCCUGUCUCGUACCUUUGUUGUCAGCAGAACAGAGUUGUUAGCAGCAGGUUCUCCAGGUGAAAACAAGUCGCCGCCUCGCCCAUGUGGCUUGAAUCACUCAGACUCUCUCAGCCGAAGUGACCGGAUUGACGCGAUAACGCCGACACUGGGGAGCAGCAAUAAUCAGCUCAAUUCUUCGUUCCUUCAAGUCUACAUCCCCGACUACUCCGUGCGAGCCCUUUCUGACCUUCAGUUUGUUAAGAUCUCAAGACAGCAAUACCAAAAUGCCUUGAUGGCAUCCCGGAUGGACAAAACUCCUCAGUCUUCAGACAGUGAAAACACUAAAAUUGAAUUGACUCUUACGGAGCUGCACGACGGGUUGCCAGACGAGACAGCCAACCUGCUCAAUGAACAGAACUGUGUGACACACAACAAGGCCAAUCACAGCCUGCACAGCGAAGGUGCCAUCUAGGGCGCCCCCCCACCAACCCUCGCCCCCACUCCCGAGGCCUCAGGCCAGCUGACCGUGAAUCCCAUUAGCGUGAGCUUGUGUGCCGUGCUGCGUCCUGCAACAUCCUGAGACCAAAGACUUUGUUCCCUUCCUGGAAGCAGCAGAGGAGGACGGUGAGGGUGGACUGGAGACCAGAGGUGUGAGAUCGACAGCUAGGGCAUGGCAUCCGAGAUGGUGGAGACGAGCCUCUUCCACCCAAAUAGAAUCAUGUUUAUUUUUUCAGUUGUACCUUUUAUUCCUUAUUCACUCUCCUCCUUCCUCAAUUUGCAUGAAGUUGAAAAUUGUUGCGGUUUAUUAUUUUUUUGUCCCCCAAGAGAUCAUGUUUUUAAAAAGUGUCUUUUGCAGAGUUUUACGUUGUUGUGUCUGAACUCUGCUGUGACUCCAUGAUGUGACCCGCACAGAAUGGACUUGCUCCUGGGUCCUCGUAGGGAGGGGUGCACUUCCUCUGCACCCAGCGGGUGUCGCUGUGGAACUUGAAGGAUGAAUGAAGAAAGCGGUCGAUGCCAACCCGCCACGUCUGUCCCACUGUGGGGUGGAGCCUGCACGGGGGGGGCCUGCAGCCGCCUCUGUGAGCUCAGUGUUGUUUUAAGUUAAUGUUUAACCGUGUCCCUUCCCCUCAGAAAGGUUUAACAUUUGCUUGGAAUGUGAUUUUGCUCCUACUCUAAGGAAUUUUUAUCACCAAAAUGAAUGUUAAUGAAUUUUAAACCCAUGGUUUAUCAUUGGCAAGAGGCAAGGUGACUUCACCCCGACAUUCCUACAGCCUGGAUUCUCCUCCGGCCCAGCCAGGCCUUCUCCCCAGCUUACCGAGCGCCGUCACCCACCUCCCCGUCCUCGCUCUUGUUAACCCAGGAUGCUGCUACACAGAUGCCAAAUGGAAAUCUUCCACAGGGCUUUUGAGUAAUCAUGUGGUGUGGAGUUCAAGCUCCUCCCCUUCCCACCGGGACCUCUGUCAUGGUCAGAAAAGGAGUCGGCUUCCAGCCAUGCCUUGAGGGCACUUCUAGACCCGUGGGUUUAAAGGAGGGAACUUCGGGGUCUGCCAGCUCCCACCCCUGCUCCCAGGGAGCCAGCUGCCCCUCUUCCCCCUCUGUCCCUGGGCCCCUGGGGGGCCGGGCAGUGGCCGUGUCCCUCGCCUGAGGACCUCGGUGCCUCCCGCCUCAGAUGCGGCCCACAACAGAGAGGCUGCCUGUAUGGCCAGGGCUGCCUGAACGGCGUGGCCCCGAACAGGGAUUCAGAAACCAAAUGCGUGUUGCGGCCGUUUCGUGUGUGCGUCCGCCGCCUUUUAAUGCCAAAUUCAUCACGUGUAGUGAAAUUAAUGUCAGGAGGUAUUUCUUGAGUGACUGAAUUCUUACCUAUCUUAUCUGUUUGAAGUGUUACCCGAGGGAUGUGUGCAUUUUGGUGGCAACGCUCGUACACGGAGUUGAAUCCAUACUGACGGCAGUGCUCGUGUAGAGCUGCCACUCCGUGCUGCCUCUAGUCACUAGCCAAGAAGAUAGCGUUUUGUCCGCGGGGUCUCACUGAACGAAGGGAAGCCCCGGGCCAAGCGGCGGUUUCCUCCUCCCUCCUCAAGAGCCCCACUGUUCCUCUGUGAACCCGAAAGCUCCGCGAGAGUCUGGGGAACAGAGAAGGGAUUCCAGCUGCCAGCUCCUUGACUUCAGAGAGAAACAGAACUUCUCAACACCGUCAUACCUGCUCAGUGUGGUGGCUGUUUGAAAAGUCCUCUGUAAAGUGCUGGCAGGGGUGGCUUUGCAGUGGGGGCUUCUAGAGGAUGAAAUUUUAGCCUCCCAAGUUUGCACUUAUUUUCUGUAAGCCACUCUUUACCUUUGAUUAUUCCCAUUAUUCUGUAACAACAGGGAAUCCAAAAUAAUUCCUGGCUCUAGUUCCAUCUGCUUUGGGGAAAAGCUCAAGACCCUUCCAGUAACACUCAGUGUCAUGAGCGAUCAGAUUCCUCUUCCAGGCCCCACUUUGCCUCUGGAAACUAACUUUAGGCUGUUGAAGGAGAAAUGCUGGCUCAUUGCUUCUCUGGGCAUUGGAAUGAUUUUAGCUUAGAAGUUCUAUGCAGUUACAUCUAUAAAGUCAACGAGUCUGGCAGAGAAAGCCCAUCAAAUACUUGAGAUCCCCACGUGCAGUAGUCAGUUCUUAGCACCACCAGUAGACCAUCUUUUACUGGGGCUGCUGGCUUUGUAAGCGUGGAAGAGAGUGGGCUGUGGAGCAGACACAGGUCCUGGUGUCCUCAAUGCUGCUGGAGCUCUCGUUGUCAGACCCAGGGCCUCUCCCUAGUGGCUUCCGUGGCCCCUGCUUUGGGCCCUGGCUCUGUGGGACCAGACAGGGCCUCCUCCUGCUCUGAGCCACUGUAGCAUCUCAAAUGUUCCAUCUGAAACUGGAUCCCUAGUAUCCAGAUGUUCCCAAGACCGUCUGCUUUGGCUUUAUACAUAAGAGGGGUGUGUGUGUGUGUGUGUGUGUGUGUGUGUGUGUGUGUGUGUGUAUACGCAUUUCCUACUGCCUUACACGUUCUUUCCCUUUAUUUCUCUCUGUUCCACAUUCAUCAGGCGAGUCUAAAAUUAUAUAUUUAAAUUUUCAGGAAAACAUAAUGUUAAGAUUCGCACAUGGAUACUGGGAUGCUAGUCAACUAGUUUAAGCCUUGGUUCUUACAUAAUAUACAUUUCAAAGGGCAUUCUACUUUGUCCUUCCCUCCUUCCUCACCUCACUUAACAGGAGAGAGCUCAGUGCCCAUGCUGACAUGAUUGGCUUCUCCAAGUGGGAGGAAAUAAGGCAUCUUGCUAUUAUCUGACGUUACUUUAAGGAACAUCUGUGCAAAGGCUGAAUGCAGAACUUCACACUAGUAUGGAACAUUAACUGUGAAUAUAUUUACCUGUGCUAUCCCCAGUACCAUGUGACUAAAGGACCAGCUUUUCCAAGUCGAGGAAAAUAGUGGUAGAUACAAGUAGGAUUGCAUUUUAUCUAGGAAUUGAAGUUAACAGGAAUUGGGGCUAUGCGGGGACUGUGAACUUCUGCCCUCAAAUUCUCUUGGGUUGUGGAGCAGACCUAAGUAAGGCCCUGGCUGACUGAGCCUUUGUCCUGGCUGGUCAGAAAUAAGAACAAACCCCAAUCCUGAAAACCAGCCAGGGAUCUGUGGCCCUUUUCAUCUUUCCUGGCCCAGGAGCCCAAGAUUCCUGCAGUGUUUCCCAGAGGUGCUCCCCAACAAAAGACCCCUGGGCUGGCAAAGGAAGGGUGCUUACCAAACAAGAAGCUUCCAGGGAGGAUUGGCUUGGCACACAUCACACGACCCAAGUUCUCUGGUGGCAUGGGCAGCGGGAACAACUUCCCUGUCAACUUUUGACCCCAGGACAGAGUUUUCUUGCGGGCGGGCGGGGGUGGGGGGGGUGGGGGGGUGGGGUGGGGGUUGACUGAGCUGGCAGUUCAAGGUGCAGAGGCUUCUGGGGUACAAGUGCUCCAUUUCUCAGGAUGCAGUUCCUGGGUCAGGUUUGGUUCUACUCUAGGCUCCAGGCUGGUGGUGCUUCUGUCCAGCAAGGAAGGACAUCUGGGUGAGUUACAGGUUAAUCCAGACGUAGGAGAGAUUUGGGGAACUCAGUAGGUACGUGGUUUAGGGUGAUUCAGAAACUUUCCGAUGUAAAUUUAUCAAGGAGCAACGUACUCAGUGGAUUUUUAUUAUCUCAGGGCCAUUUACAAAUCUUUAUCUUUUCGUAUUUCUUUUGUAUUCAAGUGGGCUGAUAAGAGAGAUGAGUUCAGAGAACUCUAAAAUGAGGUUCCUUUGCCUCAUUUGAGGGUGAGUGGUGCACCUUUGCCAAGCCUGCUGAUGUCACUGUCCCUCAAGGCUGCGGCAGUGGACCUUUUUCCUCUACCACCUGCAGACAUUCUCCCUGCAGUGAAUGCUUACUUGCUGGUUUUCCUUCUGCCGUGUCUGAAGGCUCCAGGGCCCCUGGUCAGCCCUAGGGACGGAAGGAGACGAUGGGAAUUCGCAGCAACUGCAGAGCUUGGAACUUUUCUCGUGCCAUCUUGGGCCAGGGACUUUCUUGGCUUCUUAGACCUUUGUGGUUGGCUCAGCUUUCUGUCUGCAUAUGCUAGAGCUACCGACGUAAUUUCACUAGAACCGUUGUAAAUAUCCUUUGAUGGGAAAUACCAGGCUGUACUUGAAGCAACACAGGAACAAAGGUUCUAGUAGCAAGAGAGUAAAGUUCUAGGAAUCUGUAUACCAAGGUUUUUAUGUACACAGCUCCAACACAUACUAUCAGAAAGACUUGAAUGAGUACACGUCUUUGAGUUUGAAUACCUGUUGGGGUAUUAAACAUACACUGGAAGAAUGACUUGCCUCACUUGGCAGGGGAUCUUCUGGCAUUUAUCCCCAUCUGACCAAUAUGGAGUCACUUGGGAAGUGAUUCUUUUGGGGCCAGAUUCUUCUUCAGGUUCACCCUGGAGAGAAUUAUUACAUGGACCUGGUGGGGCUUGGCUGCCUUCCCUUUGUGUUGGAGGCCCAGGCCCCUUGGUAUACACAGCUGGUCUCAGGCUCCCAGAGCAGAAGGGAGUGGGAAAGAAUAAGGCAUCAGGACUUGGAUUCCCCAGAGAGCCCCAUCCUAGCUUCUGAUUCAUGAUUCCAUAUCUGGAGUCUACUGUGAAGGUGGAGUGUAUCAGUCCAUUGACUUCUCUUGUUUCUGGAGUCCUUUAAAUCUACAAAUGUAUAUGCUUUAUUUUAUAUUAUUAUUUAUUAUGUACAUAUGCCUCUACUGUUAGUACAUUGUCUGUGACUAAGACAUUUCCUAGAGCCCCUCAUCCAUGGAGCCUAGGGUUCUGUUGUCCCUUAAAGUGGGUGAGAAGGCAGUGGUUUUGUUUGUUUUUGUCAUAAAGAGGUUGCUGCUCUUAACGUUGACCCUAGCAUCCUGGCCCCUUUCAUCCGGCCCACCACUACUCCUGAUGGACAAAUGUUUGGGAUGAUGAUGGAGGCAGGGCUCCCAAGUACCUCCAUGAAAUACUUGAGGUUCUGGUGACUGGGUCUAUUCUGUAUGCAAUUGAUGGUAUGUAGCAUGGCUGUGAGACCAGAGUGUCCUUCCUCACUCCCACCCUCCCAAGCCAGGUUGGCAAACUGGCCAUUUCCCACCUUGGAUUGCAGAAUCCAUCUCUCUGGACCAUGGAAGCUGCCUGCCCAUCUGGGCUUCUAAUAUGCCUUUUCUUGGUUUUGAGGCCCAAUGCCAGUAUUGCCUUGGCCCUCAAAUAAGACCCUGCUUUGUGUCUGAUUUUCACCCUCCUCAGCCUUUACUGUGUCAUAGUGUACAUUUCAUGCUUUUCAGCAGUGAAGUUUUCCAAGCACAGUAUUGAGAGCUGUGUACAUAAACCUAAAGAAGCACAAAUGACAUGUAUAGGUUUCAUGAGUUGAUUGUCAUAAUGAAUGCAUUUUAUAAUUCACAUGAUGUUGUAGAUUUACAAUCUCUCCUAUUUAUUUUGUACCAAUUUAUUUGUAAAUUUUGUGAUUGUUUUAAAAAGUUUUUGUUCAUUUCUAUUAUUCUAUUUAGAUAAAUGAUGAUUUUCUGUUCACCCUUC